UAGCGUAGAGAAGAGAAGAUCGCCGGAAGGAAUUGUUAGUGUUUAUCUCCCGCUGGAAGUGUUAAUACGUUCCAACGGUCUAGCGGCAGUUGUCUUUACUGAGAUUGUGAAAGCGUGAGGCAGGAAACAGUCGGAGGGAAACGGCGGCGUCGGUGGAUGUAAAAGUGGCGGACAGAGUCCAAAUUUAACGCCCACAGCAGGAUGGAUUUCAUCCUCUUCGACUGACGGGAAGAGUCCACAACAUGUUGCAGAAACGAGCCGUGGAGUUCGACGUGGAGGAGGAAGUCAGAGUAAAAAACGUGAAAGAACCGUUCUGCAGCCAGUAUCACUGUGGUCCUCUGCUCGGCAGCGGUGGAUUCGGUUCAGUGUUCUCAGGCCACAGACUCUCUGAUGGACUGCAGGUUGCCGUUAAACAGAUUUCCAGUGACAGAGUUCAGCAGUGGGCCAGACUGUCUGGCGAGGUCAGCCCUGUGCCCAUGGAGAUCGCGCUGCUGCAGCGGCUGUCGGAGGUCGGGGGUCACAGGGGGGUCAUCAGCAUGCUGGACUGGUUUGAGGUGGAGGGGCAGGGCUUCCUGCUGGUGCUGGAGCGUCCACCGCAGUUUCAGGACCUCUUCGACUUCAUCUCAGAGAGAGGGGCACUGUCGGAACACCUGGCACUCAGGUUUUUCUGUCAGAUUGUGGAGGCGCUACAGUUCGUGCACACUAACGGCAUCGUGCACCGAGACGUCAAAGACGAGAACAUCGUGGUUGACACGAGGACACUCGAAGUCAAGAUCAUCGAUUUUGGAUCAGGAGCUCCGCUCAAAGAGACACCGUACAGCGAGUUUGAAGGUACUCGGGUCUACAGUCCUCCUGAGUGGAUUCUGUCUCAGUCCUACGACGCCCUCCCACUCACCGUCUGGUCUCUGGGCGUUUUGCUCUUCGACAUGGUGUGCGGUGACAUACCGUUCGAUCGCGACCAGGAGAUUGUCAGGGCCAUGCCUGUUUUCACUAAGCGGGUCUCCAAAGAAUGCCAGUCUCUGAUUUGCUGGUGUCUCUCGUACCGUCCAGACGACCGUCCGACUCUUGAGGAGAUCCUGUCCCACCCCUGGGUGGAGGGGGGAGAGGUGGAGGAGGAGGAGGAAGGAGGAGACUUGCAGGACGUCCACAGCUCGCUGCCCAGCACGUCCCUCUGACCACACAACACUGAACAUGCGUGGCUCUGGGCAGAUCCUCACAGUCAAAUAACCCUGAACAUCCAGGUCACUGGAGUCCAUGUGACCUCACAGGCUGUGUAGGACCCGGCUCAGCCAGCAGGGCGGAGACAAAAACUAAAACCUCACACUGGACUUUAAAGGAUCAGGUUUUUUUAAACUGCUUCAGAUACGGAACAAAUCAGGGUCAUUACAGUUACUUUUUGCAUCCAUCAUCAGCCAAGUCUGAAAUCCCUGAUGUUGUGACCUUGAACGCACCAGCAGGGUAAGGGAACAAAAUCCGUUUAAAGAGAACAAAUCUAGAAGGAGUUACAAGAGGAAGAGGAAGAGGAAAAAGUAUUUAUUUAAAUCUGAAUGUAUUUAUCUGGUGGUGAACGCAGCAGGUUCGGAGGCUGCGUCUGAUUGGCGCUGACUGACUUCCUGUUUGAUUAUUUAUUGAACUGAGUAUUUAUUUGCUGUAUGAGUUAACUGAUGGUGAUGAUGUCCUCUAUCGUAACAUGAGGGAAAUGAAGGAAGAGAAACCUACAGGUUCAACUCCUCACACGCAACAGAAUGUGACCAGGUUUUCAUUAGACCAACGUCUGUAUGAACAAAACUGAUCAAACUACACAAUUUUAUAUGAUCGUAAAACCGUUACACACAAAAUCCUCAAAACUGAGAAUCUUUACCUCUUUUGUAUAAAAAAAAAGACUGGUUAAACUGAACAUUUUUCCAUUAUUAUGUUCCCAAGCAGAGAUUUUUAUUUUUUUUCUGAGGUUUCUCCUGCCUCCUCCAGUCUGAGACGGAUCAGGUAUCGGGUUCAGAAGGUAACCGGCAAGUCUGGUUCGUGGUGUAAAUACUUUUCUAUUGUAUUCUGGGGGUUAAAGGUCAAAGUGGCCUCAUCAGCCACUUGUUUCUGUUUAUUUACAUUAAAUAACACUGGACCGAGAAGAAAAAGAUCUGAAGUUUGAAUAAAAGUUUCUGUCUUCCUG